UUGUUUUAUAAGUACCAGGUUUGUGAAAGAAAGCUAUGGGAGGAAGUUUAUUCCGAACUUAAUCUUCCUUCUGCUUGUGCUAACCCUUCGAUAGCUUUACGCCGUAUUUAUCAUCGUUAUCUUUGCGGGUUCGAGCGUUGUGAGCAUCCUAUCUUAUCGGAACCUUACAUCAAUCAAUUACCUGUUGAUUCCUUCAUCUAUGAUAAGUUCGGAUAUCCUGCAAGUUGCAUUCCUGCUACUCCUGUUGAGACUAUUUGGGGAAUCGGUCCCAGACAAAGACUCGAGGCUUCUUUUUCAUUGUCCAGCUCAUCUGAAGAAAGUGUUAGUAGGCUCACCAGAACUUCUCUUUCAAAUAUCCAGGAUGCCACUCUGGCUUCUCGUACUUCAAGUGAAGCUGAUACGAACGUUGACAUCGCUUCUAUCAGCACAAAGGAUGGAACCAUUUCUAGCUCUGGAAAACGAUUUGAGUCGACUUGGCAGUCUCUUAGAAAUACAGUUAGUGAACUGCUUCUUGCUGAGCAUGCACUGGCUUCUGGACUCCCAAAUGAAGUUGACAUGGCCCUUAAUUCAUUGCUCAUUCUUUCUGCUAGUGUCAAUGGAGGUAUUCGUUUAUCUCGUUGUCGAAAUCUUCUUGCUUUAUUGUUAGCCUCUGUCGGAAUUCAUGAUAAUGGUAAGAUAUUUUUCCUUCUAAUUUUAUUCUUUGCAUUGUAUCUCUAA